AUGCAGCAGAUGACUCUCGUUCUCUUGGUAAUAGCAACGAUACUUGCAUUGGCCCAUUCAGCCACGUUGAAAGUGACCACCGCAACUUCAGACGGCAGUACUCUCGUUCCCAGUCAAUGGAACUAUCGGGCCACAUCUACCUGCUGCUGGCUUCCUGGGUGCUUUGUGGUCGAUAUUCUGCAGGAUGGAUGUCUCCUCUGUCGACCUUUCACCGAAACUUAUGGUCCCCUCCAAGAAGAGAACACCUACACGUUUACACCCAACCGAGAAGAUGGCCUCUUUCGCUGCUAUUGCAUGGCAGAGUAUGAUCCUUUCAGCUUUGUCGAAUUAGUACGCCAAAAUCCAGACGGACAACGUGCCUUUGGAUUCUUCCGUGUGGUACCCGAUGACACGGCCGGAACUACUGCUAACAUAUCGUGCACGAAACUAGAUGACUUUCGUCUAGAUUGCGAAGAAGAGGUACAUCUGGACUGGGAUGUCAAAUCGGCAACCCUCUACGAAGUAACCGUCACUCUCUUCUUAUGUGAGGGAGAAACCGCACCCUGCCCACCCCUGUGA